AUGCGCAGCAGCAAUGCCAUGUUAGGCCGCCAAAAAACCUCGAAGACAAGGUUCGUCAGGCGUAUCAACAGCAUCCUGCAGCAGCUACAAUCAGCUAGCCUGAAUAAGUUUGUGGUCAAGUUCGCGCUUCGGAAAAGGCACACGGCUCACAUUGAUAGAUGGGUCAACUUUUCUGUCGCAUCAAGAACAAAACAUUUGGUUCUUGAUUUAUGUCCAGGAAUGAAAGUUAGUAGUAUCGACACAGAUGACAUGUACACCUUCCCACUCCAUCUUUUUGAUGCCAGUAGUGGUUCUUGUGUCAAGUCUCUUCGUCUAGGGUUCGUCUAUUUAAUGCCACUCCCUGAUCUCUGCGGAUUUGCGAACCUUAAGAAACUCUCUCUGCAUAUGGUGACCAUCACAGGGGAAUUCUCGUGCUUGGUCCCAGUAUGUGCUGUUCUUGAGUGGCUAAGCAUCACCAGAUGCAGAAUGGCUGGGCUAAGCAUAGCGCAGGAACUAAGCCAGCUGCAUUAUCUAUGCGUGCAGUUCUGUUUCCUGCUGAAGUUAGAAAUCCGGGCUCCAAACCUUGUCACCUUCAUGUUCAACGAUCAUGCUAUACCUAUCAUGCUUGGUGAACCUCUGAAAAUUUCAGAGGCGACGAUUGGUUUGUUUUCGUCCUCCGACUGUUUCAAUUAUGUCUUCACUGAUCUUGUCAAUGCUCUUUCACAUGUGCAGUCUCUCUCCAUAAACUUCAAAAUUAACACCGAGGUCUGUUCUGCCUUCAUGGUUUUGCUUCCAUUUCUUUAUGCUGUACGAGGAGGUCAUUGUUUGUCUCACAUUUGCCAUUUGCUAAUGUUACAGGUGCUGGGGUUUGUGAAAAAUCCUACCAGACUUACCAAUCUGAGACUUAUGAUCUUGAAGAUAGAUAUUUCUGGGUGGCCAGAAACUACUGGUGGAAUUCUUCGUUUGGCUUACAUUUUGAAGCUAGCCCCCUUUUUGGAAGAGUUGGUACUCCAUAUGUAUUAUCUUAACUUGGCAAUUCCUGUCUUGCAAACAAUUGAGGAUACCUCCCCGCCUCAUCCGCACAGUCAUCUGAAGACUAUCCGAAUGACCGGGUUUUACGGUUUGCAUGGUCAGCUUGAGCUAGCACUCUAUCUGCUUCGGAAUGCGACUUCUCUCAAGUGUAUGGUCAUAGAUCCUGUGGUGAGAAACAGCUCAUACAUUCCACCUCUGGUGGUAGCAGAGAAACAAAUAUAUCAAGGCAGGAUAACGGCCAGGACUAAACUUUGGAGGAACAACGAGUUCAGAGGCGUCCUUGAAAUUCUGUGA